AUGUUGCCUUAUUACCCAGAGCUAGAUGCCAUAUUACCCAUAGGUGCGGGUAGGAGACAGUCCGCAAAAAUGAAGAUAAGCAAAGUAGGCAAUCAGACCAACUCACAAGACCCACAAGCGGUCAACUCGAGGGUGUUUGUAGGAAACCUAAACACAUUCCAGUGUUCCAAAACAGACGUAGAAAGGAUGUUUCAGCGAUAUGGAAGACUGGCUGUUAAAGGUACAAACAACUCAGAUGCUGGAAAACUGAUUAUCCAGUAUAUUGCGAAAAGUCACUAUUGA